AUGGUUUUGUUUUUUCCAAGCACUGAGAAAUAUGUAACCUACAAUGAGAAGGAACUGAAACGUUUUAUUAGGUAUGCGUUUGCAUUUUUUCUGAUUACGUAUCUUCAAGUACCAAAUGUUAAUGUGGUUUAUUUUGUCGCUUCUGACAAGCUGAUAAUCACAUCAGCUUCCCUUUACAUUCCAAUAUACAUGAUGAUCAAGAAACAGAAGCAUUUAACCUCCGCGCAGUUCCACAGACCACAAAGAUAUGUCAUGUGUCAACUAAUAGUAAUAUUGCUCUGCAGAUUAGUGAUCCAGCUACCGAUUAUUUUACUGUCAGACAAUACUGCAGUUGCUAUGAGUAACUAUGAAAUUAUCGAGAUUGCGACUACAUGUCUAACCAUUCAGUUGGCUUACUUGGGAUGUUGCAAAAGAAAUUUGGAGAGCCUCAAAAGUUUUUUGUUGGAAAAGUGGUGGAUUCGGUUGCUGCUUUGCAAGUACUUGGAAGAAAGAGAGCUGGCAGAGGAGUUCACAGAACUACGGAAAGACGAGAGAAGAGCUGUUAAGAAAGAAGAUCAAACAGGAGAUCAAACGACAUCAUCGAUCACAGAAUCAACAGUGGGAGUUGGUGAAAGAGGAGUUUCAAUUUGUUAG